AUGGCCGGACAAAUGGAAGGCUUGCGUUGUAUUUGGUGUGGAUUUGGUGUUGUUUACAAGGGAAAACUUCCAAGCGGGCAAGAAAUAGCUGUGAAAAGAUUGUCCAUGAAUUCAGGGCAAGAAAGAAGCGAGAGGCUUCUUGUUUAUGAAUUUGUUGAGAAUGGGAGCCUCGACCGUUUCAUUUUUGAUCCGAUCAAGCGCCAAUAUUUGGAUUGGGACACACGUUACAAAAUCAUAGGGGGUGUUGCUAAGGGGGAUGAAACUCAAGGCAAUACCAGCAGGAUUGUAGGAACCUAUGGAUAUAUGGCACCGGAGUAUGCAAUGCAUGGACACUUCUCUGGUAAAUCUGAUGUCUUCAGCUUUGGUGUCCUAGUUCUUGAAAUCAUAAGUGGUCAAAAAACCAGCAGUUUCCAAUAUGGGGAGAAUGUGGAGGACCUCCUUAGUUGUGCUUGGAAAAAUUGGCACGAAGGAACAUCUGGACAUAUAAUAGAUCCAUCAUUGAGAACGUCAGCUCGAUCCUUGCGGGACAUUAUGCGAUGCAUUCAUAUCGGUUUAUUAUGUGUUCAAGAAGAUGCAGCUGAUAGGCCUACAAUGGCAACAAUAGUUCUUAUGCUCACGAGCUUCUCUAUAACCUUGCCAAUACCUUCACGGCCGGCAUUUUUUGUGUCUAGUAGAUUUGGUCCGGAAAUUUCACUUCUUCAGGAACAAAAUUCAAGAGCAACAGAUGCCACAGAAUCAUCAAAGAAUAGAUCGGGUAAUUCUACUGAUGCAUCUAUAAAUGAUGUCUCAAUGAGUGAUUUAUAUCCUCGGUAA